ACACUUGGCAGCUUAGGCAGGCUUCAGCAAUUGUCUUUGGCUAACAACAGGCUAAAAGGAUCUAUUGGAGAUAGCCUAUGUAAAUUGCAGAACUUGGGUAACAUAUACUUGGGUGAAAAUCAAUUCUCAGGACUUGUUCCUAAAUGUUUAGGGAAUGUUACUUCCCUAAGGGAGAUAGAACUCAAUUCCAACAGAUUGAGUUCUAAUUUACCAUCAAGCUUAGGUAACCUCAAAGAUCUUCUGGAGCUCGACUUAUCGUCUAACAACAUGAGUGGUUCUUUACCUGUAGAAAUUGGAAAUCUAAAGGCUGCAAUUCGUAUAUAUCUUUCGCAUAAUCAAUUUUCAAAUGGUAUUCCAAGAGAAAUUGGACACAUGCAAAAUCUGAUACACCUUUCUUUGGCACAAAACAAGCUACAAGGAUCUAUACCUGACUCAAUUGGUAGCAUACCGAGUUUGGAAUUUCUAGACCUCUCGAAUAACAAUCUAUCUGGAUCAAUUCCAAUGUCCUUAGAGAAGCUUCGGUAUCUAAACUAUUUCAAUGUUUCCUUCAACAGCUUGCAGGGUGAAAUUCCCUUUAGUGGUCCUUUCAAGAACCUUUCCAGCCAGUCAUUCAUGUUCAAUGAAGCAUUGUGUGGUGCUCCAAGAUUUCGUGUCCCUCCGUGCCCCACUUCUUCAAACCAUAGAUCAAAGAAGAAGAAGUUACUUCUGAUAGUCUUUCCUCUACUGGGAGCUGCUGUGAUAAUUGUUUUUGUAACAUUGGCAUUUAUGUGGAUGAGGUACAGAAGAGAAGGAAAUGUUCCAGUUGAAGCUGAUUUGUUAGCUACAAUGGCAAGAAUUUCAUACUAUGAAAUCAUACAAGCCACUAAUGAUUUUAGUGAGAGUAAUUUCAUUGGUUCAGGGAGUUUUGGUUCUGUUUACAAAGGAAUUCUCAGAGAUGGGACUACCAUUGCAGUUAAAGUGUUCAACCUACAAGCUGAAGGUGCAUUCAAGAGUUUUGAAACAGAAUGUGAAGUUCUUCGCAACCUUCGCCAUAGGAAUCUCACCAAAGUCAUUAGCAGUUGCUCCAACCUUGAUUUCAAGGCUUUAUUGCUCGAGUACAUGCCUAAUGGGAGCCUUGAAAAGUGGUUGUAUUCGCACAACUACUUCUUAGACAUCCUGAAAAGACUAAGCAUAAUGAUCGAUGUGGCAUGUGCAUUGGAACAUCUCCAUCAUGGUUGCUCAACACCUGUGAUUCAUUGUGAUCUGAAGCCUAGCAACGUCUUGCUAGAUGAAAACAUGGUAGCUCAUGUAAGUGACUUUGGCAUUUCUAAACUACUCAGUGAAGAUGAGAGUGAUUUACACACUAAAACCUUAGCAACAUUCGGCUACAUUGCACCAGAGUAUGGAAGGGAAGGAUUGGUGUCGCUAAAAUGUGAUGUUUAUAGUUACGGGAUCAUGCUGAUGGAAACAUUUACGAGGAAAAGGCCGAAUGAUGAAAUAUUUGAUGAAGAUCUUAGUUUAAAGAAAUGGGUGAGUGAUUCACUCCCAGAGGCAACAAUCACAGUUGUAGAUUCGAAUUUGCUAACGCCAGAAGAUGAGAAAUUCAUGGACAAGAUAGAUUGUGUAGCAUCCAUCAUGAAAGUGGCACUGGAUUGCUCUGCUGAAUCUCCUGAAGAAAGGAUCAACAUGAAAGAUGUUGUAGGAAUACUACAAAAGAUCAAGAUUCAACUUCUUUCAUGUUUUGCAAGUGCAUAAAGACAUUUGAUUCAUGUCACUUGAGGGUACAGAAAGUGUUUGGUUAACUUUUUA